GGAAAUGAUUUCGCUGUUUCAUGUUUACAUGGUUUACGGCCAAUAUUCGCUUGGAAUGUGUUUAAAAUGGGCUCUGGCGGUCUAAACGGAGAACUUAGAGAUAGCCCAAAUGAUUACAUCGAAUCUAUACUACAUUAUCAUUUGAAUUCUGGCCAAAGAACACGAGGUUCGGGUCCAUAUCAGCAACACUAUACUUAUCACACUUCGAGUUCCAACCCUGUACAUCCCUCGUCGUCUUCUUCAAAUCUGUCAAAUCCUUCUUCUAUUCCAUCAAGUUCGAGAGAUAGUAAUGUUGAUAUGGUCUGUUAUUUAUGUAGUGCAAAUUUUAAUAUUCUAAAGCGAAAGAAAAACUGCUCAAAUUGCAAGAAGGAUUUUUGUAAAGAAUGUUUCAAGGAAGGAGCAUCAUCAUUUGAUUCAAAUGUUACAAAUUGUCUGAUUUGUCGGUCUUUGAGGGCUCCUCAUGUUCACAGAGAGUACCUUCAGAGAAUUCGAACUAAGGACUUGUGUGAUUUUCUUCAGAAGAAAAAUAUUUCAUUUCAAGGCUGUAAGGAAAAGCAAGAGAUAAUCAAUCUUGUCCUUCAGUCGACUACCAGGCAGCCAGAAGGACCUGGUGAAAGGAGAACACCUCCUAGUCAACCAUCAACAGCAUGGACAACUAAUCGUUCUGGUAAUACUAGCACAAGUGGCACGACUAGAAGCUCUUCUUCAUACUCUACAGAAAAUAGCUCUCCUUCAUACUCUAGAGAAAAUACUACGAACAAUUCCAAUAGGAAUGCUCCUAGUGAAACUAUCCCCAAAUCUACUUCACAGAAUGCUGUUAUGAGGACCAUUGAUGAUAUGAAAAACAUUGACCAAAUAUACAGCCUGUCAGUCAAAGAGUUAAAGCGAAUCCUGACAACCAACUGUGUGGACUUUAAAGGGUGCUGUGAAAAAAAUGAACUUUUAGAGAAAGUUAGCUUAUUGUGGAAGGAUAAAAAUAAAUCCAAGAACAAAAACUCAGAUGAUGAUGAUGAAGAACAGAUAUGUAAAGUUUGCAUGGACAAUGUUAUAGACUGUGUUUUAUUAGAGUGUGGCCACAUGGUCACAUGUAUGGGCUGCAGCAAAAAGGUCACAGAAUGUCCUAUAUGCAGACAAKAUGUAGUAAGGAUUGUAAAGGUCUUCAAGGCAUAAUGUACAGUGUACAUGUACUAACUAUCAAGCUUUUCACAUCAUUCAUGUUCAUUGUGAAAUAAUUGUAAUGGAGUUAAAGAAGAUUGGAUGCUUCAAAUCCUUUAUGCUACAACUUGAUAAUAAUAAUUAUAGUGUGUAUGUUCAAUUUUUAAAGCAGUUUAAUUUGUUGAGAAUAUAGCCAGGCCUGUGGUACUACAGGUUUGAGUUAAUGCCAUGGUGUGACUGCAUUGAGACAUGUGAGAAUUUCUGACUCAGAAAAAAGUUAUUAUUAUGAAUAAUACCUUCAGUGCAUCUCAGAACCAUAAGCACCCAUCACAAUCCUUGAUACAUGCACAACACAAUGUUAUUCUUAAGGAGAAUGCAAAUACUCCAGUUUAGAAAUCUCUUUUGCACAGCCUUAGCCUCAUUAUUUACUGCAGGUCAUGUUUUACUGCCAUCCUUACAUACACAAGUUUUGCUUUAUAAUAAGGGAUGGUACUGAAUAAAAGGAUUUAUUACACYCUUUCAUAUUGAAGGCUUAGUAAAUGAGGUCUUGAAACAGGAGGAUUGUGGGCACAAUAUUUUGCUAUUGCUUGCAUUGCAGCAUUACAUGGAAGAUUUUGUUAAUGGCAAUACAAUCCUACAAUGAAAUGAAUGCCAUUGUCUUUGAUUGCRGCUGAUACUGAUCAGUCUUUUAUCAAUGCAACUUCUUUCUUCUUGGUCGCAUAGCAAUGCAAGCAACYACAAGAAUUAAUUAUAAUCAAGCAAUGGUAGCAAUUGGCCAUUCUGAAAUUCAAAAGGAGACUGGGAACGAGUGUGAAAAUAUUACAUUCAUCAAAAACUGAACCUCACCACAUAAAAGACCACACUAAAAUAAACGUUCUUGUCAAGUUUGAGCAUAUUUGGUUGAAUACUCACCGAGUAGGAAUUUUUUCAAAUUUGUAAAAAUAAAAGAGAAUGUAUGGUUUUUGGGGACGCUGCUCAAAAGCUCCAUACAUUCUGAUUCUUUGUAAUUUUUUCAAGUUUUGAAUGCUCGAAACUCUGUAAUAUUAAUCCGAAUACUCUCCAACUCAGCAGCUUUACUAAUUUUAGUAUGCUCUUUCUUGUCCUGSUGUCUGUUUUUUGAUUGCUUCAAACGGUAUCGAGUUUGUGACUAGUCACCAGUCCCUUUUCGAAUUUUGGAACGGGCAAUAUUACUGCAAAUCAUGUAUUUUUUAUAUUCACUACACUCUUUGUUCCUCACUAAAAUGUAACCCAUAACAGGAACAGCAUGCAUAAACAAUAUGAAUAUUUUGUUAAAGAAUGUCCAAUAAAACUAAAAGGUAUAA